AUGUCCACACUAUCCCUGCGGAUCAGCCUCGAAGGAGGCCGGGUGACAAAGACGAUUCAGUUUGAUCCGAGCACAACCGUGUUCGAUGCGUGUCGCAUCAUCAAGGACAAGUUCGCCGAGGCGGUGCAGGGACAAGCGCAAGAGUUUGGCCUCUUCCUAGCCGACGAUGACAUCAAGCAGGGCGUGUGGCUGGAACCGGCCCGCAACCUGGGCUACUACAUGCUGCACAACCUCGACGUGCUCGAGUACAAGCAGAAGCACCGAACGUUACGCGUCCGCAUGCUGGAUGGUGCGGUCAAGACGAUCCUGGUGGACGACUCGCAACCAGUCUCGCAGCUGAUGGUGGUGAUAUGCACGAAAAUUGGCAUCACCAACCACGAGGAGUAUGGGCUGGUGCGCGAAGACCUCGAUUCGCAAAACGAAAAUCAACCAGACAAUCGUUCAAACACCGGUACGCUCACGUUGCGCCGGAAGGCGCAGGAGAAGGAACGCGACACAAAGAUGGAGAGUUUGCGAAAAAAGCUACGUACGGAUGACGAGAUCAACUGGGUCGAUGUGGGCAAGACGUUGCGUGAGCAAGGUAUCGACGAGCAGGAAACGGUGCUGUUGAGGCGCAAGUUCUUCUACUCCGACCAAAACAUCGAUUCACGCGAUCCGGUACAGCUGAAUUUGUUGUACGUGCAGGCGCGCGAUGCCAUCCUGGAUGGUACGCAUCCCGUCACGCAGGAUAAGGCUUGCGAGUUUGCCGGCAUUCAGGUGCAGAUACAGUUUGGUGAUCACAACGAUGCAAAGCACAGGCCAGGUUUUCUCGAUUUGCGCGAGUUCCUGCCUGCAUCGUACGUGCGAACGAAAAACAUCGAACGAAAAAUAUUCGUCGAACACCGAAAACUCAUCGGAGUGUCCGAGCUGGACGCCAAGUACUGCUACACGAAGACCGCCCGCGAGCUGCCGACGUAUGGUGUAACAUUCUUCCUCGUGAAGGAGAAGAUGACCGGCAAAAAUAAGCUGGUGCCGCGGUUGUUAGGCGUAACCAAGGACUCCGUGUUGCGGCUGGAUGAAACGACGAAGGAAAUUCUUAAAUCUUGGCCACUCACGACCGUGCGCCGAUGGGGUGCAUCACCCAACACAUUCACGCUAGAUUUCGGUGACUAUGCCGACUCAUACUACUCGGUGCAGACGACGGAAGCGGAGCAAAUCGUGCAGCUGAUUGCCGGCUACAUCGACAUCAUUUUGAAGAAGAAACAGGCGAAGGAUCAUUUCGGUAUCGAGGGUGACGAAGGAUCCACCAUGGUGGAGGAAAGCGUCGCACCGUCAAAAGCCACCUUCCUGCAGCAUGAAGAGACGAACAAAUCCGGAAAGGUGGAAACUCAUUCCAUCGCUAAACCGGCCGUAAUGCGCGGUACUGACGGCGAACGGUCAUAUGGCACUGGCGAGAUGCAAUCGAUUCAGUACGGUGCAUUUGUUGGUCAGGUCAACCUGGCUCAUCAGCCACCGAUGUUGCAGCAAACGCGCGUCAGCUCGGUGCUGUCGGAGCCGCAACGUGCGCUGCUGGGGUACAUUUCCGCCGGUCAGGAUGCGCUCAACCGUGCGGAGAAGGAUCUGGAGUCGAAGGUGGAGCUGCCACCGCUCGGAACCGAUCCAGGUUCGCUGCAGUGGCGCGAGGAAACGCUCGACACCUCGAAGCAAACCGUCACCACGCACCUGGCCACAAUGAACGCGGCAACCGCACAGGUUGUUACGGCAUCGCAACCGGAUGAAAUCGACCACGAAGCGGUUGGAGCGGCCGUAUCACAGAUCACCCAAAGCAUCCCGGAGGUGACGAAGGAAGUGCGUUUAAUCGCGGCUCUCAUGGACGAUGAUUGCACCGGCGACAAGUUGCUCGAAGCGGCACGCAAACUCUGCAACGCUUUCAGUGAUUUGCUGCGUUCGGCCGAACCGGAGAGCAAGGAACCGCGCCAGAACCUGCUGAAUGCUGCUACGCGAGUUGGUGAAGCUAGUGGGCAGAUGCUGAGCACUAUUGGGGAGGAAAGCGUCGAGAGUCGCGAACUGCACGAUAUGCUGCUCGGGUUAGCGAAGGCAGUGGCAAAUACUACCGCGGCGCUUGUGCUGAAAGCCAAGUCGAUUGCAGCUGUUACUGAGGAUGAGUCAACGCGCAAUAAGGUCAUUGGCGCAGCUAGUCAGUGUGCCUUGGCCACCAGUCAGUUGGUAGCGUGCGCUCGCGUAGUUGCCCCAACCAUCCAGAGUCCGGCCUGUCGAGAACAGCUGGAAGCGGCCGCCCGUGAAGUCGCGAAAGCCGUCGCUCAUCUAGCCGAGGUUUGCAGCGAGGCGACGGACAAUCAGCAACUUCGCGGUGACCUAACCGCAGCUGCAAAGGACGUCUCAAUGUCGCUGACUGAUCUGCUGGAGCACAUCAAGCUUAGUACGCGCGAGAAGGCGCGCCGUGUAGAGAACGAAAAUCCGGUCGACAAUGUGCUCGUGGCCACGGACAUUCUGGUUUCGUCGUCCGAUCCGCAGGAGAUGAUCCGACAAGCUCAGCAACUUGGUAAAGCAACGGCGCAGCUGAUACAGAGCAUAAAGGGUGAAGCCGAAAGCCAGCAUGAUUCGAACAUGCAGAGAAAGCUGCUGGAAGCUGCCAAGCAGCUGGCCGAUGCGACGGCACGCAUGGUGGAGGCUGCACGCCUUUGCGCCAGCAACCCACACGACUCAGCGCAUCAGGAAACGCUGCGUGCCGCUGCAGAAGAGUUGCGUGUCAUCACGACAUCGACAGCGAAUACGCCUGCAAUCAAGCGGCAGUUGAUUGGGCGGUUGGAACAAUGCGCCAAGCAAGUGGCCUCCUCCGCCACCCAGUGCAUAACGGCGGCCCAGAACGCACUGAUCCACAGCAAUGACGUGCAGACGAAGGAGAUCCUGCUGCAGGAUUGCCAGGCUGUCGCAGAUCAGAUCCCACGGCUGGUGGCCGGAGUAAAGAACACACUCUCGCGACCGGACGACCCGAACGCUCAGCUAGGUUUGAUCGAUGCGUCUGAGAUGUUCCUCGAACCGGGAGCACAAAUGGCCGGUUCGGCCCGGGAGCUGCAACCGACCGUGAUGGAUCAAGCGGCUUCCCAGCAACUCGGACGGUGCUCCGUCAACUUGACGCAUGCGAUGCACGACCUGCGGCAGGCAGCACAUCGCGCCCGAGAGGCGUGCGGUGGUAACGAACUGGAUGCUGCUUUGGAAGCUGUUCGCAAUCUGCGCAGCGUGCUGAAUGAUACACGCCGUGCGGCGCAGGAAGGAAGUCUGCGUCCGUUGCCAGGAGAAACGGCCGACAUUUGUUUCAAGCAACUUGCAGCCGCUAGCAAUUCCGUGGACGUUUCGAUGCAUCAGCUCUUGAGCGCAGCUCAGCAGGGCAAUCGCACAUACGCUGGAGUUGCAGGACGUGACACUGCGCUUGCCCUCGGGGAUUACACCAAGAGCGUGCGCGGAGUAUUGGUGACUACGAAGAACCCGGCAGUGGUAGACUGCGCCGACGAGGUGAUCGUGGAUGCGCUGCGAGUGAUUGAAGAGGCUCAGCGUACGCUACAGAACUUGGAUAACCAGGAAGCGCUGAUGAUCGCAAUCAAACGCACGAAACACUCGCUCGGACGAACGAUCGAUUGCCUGCCAGGCGUAAAGGACAUCAACGAGGCGUUCGAAACGAUAACCGAGUUGCGGAGCAUUCUCGAAACUGGUGAAUAUCCUCCAUCGGAUCGCCCAUACGUACAGCUCCAGAACGAGCUGAAGUCUGCAGCGGACACGUUGAACGUAGCCGGAGGACAGGUAGCACAAUCGUACGACAGCUCCAUCAAGCUUGCCAGCACGAGCCAGGAGUUCUGCCACGCGUACAAGGAGCUGCUAACGGUGACACUUGAGAUGGCCGGACAGACAGCCGAGGAUCAAGCUCGUGAAGAGAUUGUCAACUCGUUGCGUGGUGUUUCAACUCAAUCGAUCAGCUUGCUGGGAACAGCCCGCUACGUCGCCGGUGAUCCGGAUCGUCCGAACGCGAAGAAUGAGUUGUCAUCGGCCGCACGCCAGGUGACGGAAAGCAUUAACCGAUUGGUGGACGUGUGCACGCAAGCCGCUCCAGGUCUGAAGGAAUGCGACGGAGCAAUCCGCAGCAUCGUGUCACUACGACCUUUGCUAGAAUCUCCGCAAGAGUCGGUGACCGAUCAGGGUUACUUCGACUGUCACGACGUCGUGAUGGAGAAGUCACGAGCGCUCGGUGAAGGCAUGUCCGGCAUUGCCAACAACGCGAAGGCCUCGAAAUACGUCGAGUUCGGACACUGUGUGAACUCGGUGUCAGAAUCGAUUCGUGGAAUAAUCGAGUCAGCGGCACAGGCAGCGUAUUUGGUCGGAGUAUCCAACCCCACCAGUGUCGGUGGUCGACCCGGAAUCGUUGAUCAAGCGCAGUACGCACGGGCGGCCCAAGCCAUCCGCCAGAGUUGUGACAUCUUGCGUGGGCAAGCGUCUUCGCCACCGCAGGUCCUUUCAGCGGCAACCGUUAUCGCCAAGCAUACGUCGGCUCUUUGUAACGCGUGUCGUAACGCAAGCUCGACCACGACGAAUCCGGUCGCUAAACGACACUUUGUUCAGGCAGCAAAAGAAGUGGCCAACUCGACGGCUGCGCUGGUGCGCGAAAUCAAGGCGCUCGAUCAGGACUACAAUCCAGCAUCGCGACAACGCUGUGCAACGGCUACCGAACCGUUGCUGGACGCGGUCACGUCACUGUGCCACUUUGCAUCCUCGCCCGAGUUCAUCUCGAUUCCGGCACGUAUUUCAACCGACGGUCGCAAGGCGCAAGAGCCGAUACUGGCGGCCGGGCGCGGUAUUCUCGAUGGUGCAGUGGACAUGGUGCACACGGCAAAGCUGUUGGCACUUACGCCAACAGAUCCGCCCGUCUGGCAACAAUUGGCCAUGCAUAGUCGUAAUGUGACCGAAAACAUUAGGCAAUUGGCUUCUAGCAUUCGCGAAAAAGCUCCCGGUCAGAUGCAAUGUGACCAGGUGCUAGAGGUACUGAAGGAUUGCUCACGCGAGCUGAACUCAGCCGCAUUGGCCGUCGGAGUGGAUGGGCUCCCACAACGUAAGGAUAGUAACCUGCAGGGCUUCACUAAUCAAUCCCUGAACGCUGCGUCCGAACUGAUCGAUCGCCUGGAGCCGGUGAAAUCGUCGGCCAAAAAGAAUGCCGAAAGUCUCGGCCAUGCGGUUAACCAGAUCGCGAAGCAUAUCGUACCGUUGACGGGUGGCGUGAUUGGAGCUUGCUCGCAGCUCGUUCAUUCUGGUCAGCAAACGGUGCUGAUCAACCAGGUCAAGUCGGUCGUUGAAUGUUGCGCGCUGCUCGUCCAAACGGCAAAGGAUGCGGGCGGAAAUCCAAGAGCUGCCCAAUUCCAUCCAGAUCUGGAUGAAGCCGUCGAGUCGACGCGUGAAGCGAUUCAAGAACUGAACGCCACUGUCGAACGGUUGUCCACCGAGAACGGCGUCGUAACCGGACUAAUGGAGCAGAUCUCUCGUUCUAUGUCGCGCAUUUCGGACAAGCGGCAGUCCUUCCUUGGCGGUUCGAUUAACGACACGUACGUUGACUAUCAGACCAGAAUGGUGCAGAGCGCGAAGGAAAUUGCUCGCUACGCGAACGAAAUCAACGCUAAGGCCGCCAUCGAUCCAUCGAAGCUGGCGCAGCUAUGUGUGGAAAUGACACAUCACUACACGCAGCUGGCGCAGGAUGCGAUCGGUGCAUCGACGAUCACUACCACACCAGACGUCGCGAUUCGCAUUCGCAAUACGGUGCAGGAUCUUGGCCGUUCGGUAAACGUGCUGAUCCAGUCGACGACUGGCAUUCGUAAGGAUGAUAGCAGUGGAUUAGUGGAAAUUUCACGUGGUGCACGUGAUGUUUCGGAGAAGGUGGCCCAGGUGCUGGCCGCGCUACAGGCCGGUUCACGCGGAACGCAGGCGUGUAUCAAUGCGUCAAGCACAGUUUCGGCGAUCAUUAGCGAUCUGGAUACGACGAUCAUGUUCGCUACGGCUGGCACUCUUUCGAGCGACGAAGAUGGAAAGUUUUCCGACCAUCGUGAGCAUAUUCUUAAGACGGCUAAAGCGCUUGUCGAGGAUACUAAGAUACUGGUGGCCGGUGCUGCUGGCACUCAAGAUCAACUGGCUGCUGCCGCUCAGAAUGCCGUUACGACUAUAUUGCAAUUGGCUGAUGCAGUUAAGCAUGGGGCCGCCUCGCUCGGUUCCGGUCAACCCGAUUCGCAAGUGAUGGUCAUUAACGCGGUCAAAGACGUCGCCGCAGCACUCGGUGAGCUUAUAAACGCUACUAAACUCGCCUCCGGCAAGCCCAUUAGCGAUCCAGCUAUGAAUGAUUUGAAAGAUAGCGCUAAGGUCAUGGUGACGAAUGUCACCUCGCUGCUUAAAACGGUGAAAGCCGUCGAGGACGAACACACGCGCGGUACACGCGCCAUGGAAGCAACGGUGGAUGCCAUUUCCCAGGAACUCCGCUCGAUGCAGUUCGCACCAGAAAUGUUGCGCUCGAGCAUGCAGCAGCUCUCCCGUCCCGAAGAUCUGGUCAACGUGACCAAACACGUAACUGCGGCCACUGCAAAGGCAGUAGCCGCUGGAGCUUCCAACCUGCAGGCGGACAUUGCGGCCGCCGCGAACCUGGGCCGGAAGACCAUCUCGGACAUGUUGAUGGUGUGCAAGUACGUUGCUUGGUCCUGUGGGGAAACGCAGGAGCUGCGCCAACGUACACUUGAUGCUGGAUCGGCCGUUGCCAUUGCCUAUCGGGACCUGCUAAAGGGUAUCCUUGAGCACUGUUCGGCGGAUGAGCGGAUGAAGCUGUCGCGACGAGUUGCGAUGUGCGUAACCGAUCUGGUCGGUAUGGCGCAGCGGUUGAAGGGCUCCGAUUGGGUCGAUCCUGAGGAUCCGACCGUGAUCGCCGAAAACGAACUGCUUGGGGCGGCCGCAUCGAUCGAAGCCGCCGCCAAAAAGCUGGCCAACUUGCGCCCACGUCGACAGGAAGUGAAGGAAGCGGACGAAAGCCUGAACUUUGAUGAAAUGAUCCUGGAAGCAGCUAAAAGCAUCAUGGCAGCAUCGUCCUCGCUGGUGCGUGCGGCUAAUGCGGCCCAACGCGAGCUAAUCGACCAGGGUAAAGUGGCCAAACGUCCACUAACGUCCUCGGACGAUGGCCAAUGGUCGGAGGGACUGAUUUCGGCUGCCCGACUCGUAGCUGCGGCCACACACAGCCUCGUCGAAUCGGCACAGAACCUGGUGCAAGGCGUCGGCACCGAGGAAAUGCUCAUCUCCUCCGCCAAACAGGUGGCCAGCUCAACAGCUCAACUGUUGAUCGCGUGCAAAGUGAAAUCGGACCCCAACUCCGAAACAGGUCGGCGCCUGCAGGCGGCCGGAAAUGCCGUCAUCAAGUCCACCGACAAGCUCGUCCAGGCGGCCCAGCAAGCGAUCGAGGGCGAAGAAGAACACACGCUGCGAUUGAACCGCAACAUGGUGGACGGCAUGGCGCAAGAGAUCAACGCACGCUCAGAGAUCCUGAUGCGCGAACGACAGCUGGAGGAAGCCAAGAACAAGCUCAUUGCCAUCCGGCACGCUAAGUACCGACAGAAGCUCGGUGGUGGCUUUACAACCGACGAAAGUGACGAAGGUGGCAUUCCGCCGCCUCCUUUCGCCGGAUAUUCACAGUCCACGUCACCGAAGCCACCGCAAACAUUGCCCAAACCGGGCAGCUACUCGCCAUCGGCGAUGAGCGGUUCACCGGGUGGUGCCAGCACCAUGCCCCGGCUGGGACAGACACCGUCCAGUCCGAGCUUCCAACGACCAGGAUCCGCCAACCAGCUGCUUACGGCAAACGCCGUCCCUAAGCCGUACCAAUCGGACGCCCUAAAGUCGCCUUCCGCGCUGGUGUCCCCGUCGAUGCUCAACCGCACGUACGACACGACACGUGUCGAGAACGCCAACCUAAGCGCGUCCAAGUUCAACCGCACGCAAUUUGAUGCCUCGAUCCAGGACCUGCAGAACAAGGUGCAACCGCUCAGCACGUUCCGAUCUUCACCUACGCAUCCGCACACGAACGGUAGCGUGGCGCCACAAACGUACGAAGGAUUCACUACCAGAUACGAAACCCGUGUCUUCCAGAAUGCCCCUAGUACUAAUCCGCACAGUCCAAACCCGCUAACCACUGUGGAGCAGAAGUUUGCCAAGCUUAACCUAGACAAUCACGACCUGCAGCAGCAGCAACAGCAGCAUCAGCGCUAUCAGCACAGCCAGGGCCUUAACAGUCCCGCUGGGACAGUCCCGGCCAGUGCCACCAGUAGCUUCGCUAGUCCCGCUGCAAACGCCACGCUAAGCUCGACUAACGCCCCUAGCAGCCCACAGCAGCAGCAGCAACAUCAGCAACACCACCAGCAGCAUCAUCAGGAGCAACAUCAGCAGCACUUCCUUCGCACCUCGACCACAAGCUCGGCGGUGCCUUCCUCCGCAACGACGAUUAAAAAUGGUAACGUUAGUCUCUUUGACAGCGGCGCGAGCGAUGCCGCCGGUACGCUCAGCAAGGCGAUGAUGGAACAGCGAUCGUCCAGCAUGCACCACCAGCAACACCAGCAGCAGAUCAUCCACACCAAAAAGAUCCACAUGACGACGUCCUCGUCCUCGUCCACCUCGAAGACGCUCAAGACCGACAGCAGCGGUGCCAUGUCGGAAUGGAAGUAGAAGUCCCAGGCUGGGAAAGAUCCGGCGCAGGAUGGUCUACAUCGUUGGUUUCGUGACGGAGGCGCGUGUGUGUCGUCCGCGAAGUAGCAGCGCUUAUUGAAUUUGCUUAUCGACAGCGGACCGUCGGGAGUCUAGAGGCUCUCGUGCAAAAAGGGCCCGAACGGCGGUUCCCUGAUUUUGUUGAUUUUAACUAUUUGUAGUGCGUAAGUGUACACGAUUUAGCGCGUGGCGUGUGUAAAGCCGAUUGUUUAAUAUUGCCUUCCCCCUUACCUUUGAUAAUCACUAAGUGCCACAUAUUCGAUGUUUGUAACGCGAAACUAAACCUGAAUCGAACGAGUAGUAAUAGUAUUAAUGAACGCAGGAGCUCAAGCAGCAGCAGCAGUAGGGAGAGAUGGACACCACGCUCUGUGGUGUUUCGAAGCAAAAGUCGUAGCAAAAUUCACUAAUGUGCCUCGAUUCGAUUGUGUUUUGCACAUUUGCCGAGGAAGAGAGACCGCGUAGAAAGUGCUCCUCUUCGGCACCAAAUUGUUGCACCAACCCUGCCAUUAACUGUAAAUGCCAACGUGUUUGCCAAAACCAAACCGCGCCACGGAACGUUUCCGGAACGAGUAGUAUGCCUUUUGCAUUGGUGCGCGAAUCGUGGUGCAACAGACAGAAAGUUUCAUCUUGACGCCGGCUUGACGCUAAACGCGGUCCUGGAAAACGAACACGGAAGUCCACCCCCGUAAGCGUGUACAAGCUGGCCAGGUUUCUAGACAAGAACAAAAAAAAGGACACAUGGAUAUACUAAAAAUGAAAAAAGCACGUGCGCGGGAGAGCACGCAUGCGCCGAAGGGUAACGCUACCACGGGCGUUUGUGGGUGUUUGUUCUGCCCUUUUUUACGUUCGUCGAUCGAUCGAGCCUGCGAGGGAGGAGGAGGGCCCUGCCCAGAUGGCAGGUUAGCAGUAACUACUUAAUUAACGUGCUUCGAUAGUCAGUAGCAGUAGCAUCGUGUUUCCGUAACCAUCCAGUUUCGGUUUUUUUUAAUUAAAUAAUUCCUCUAACGAAGGUUUAGUUUUAAGUACGUUAUUAUGCCUCUUUUUUUAAACACAACACUUAACACUUGGCUCCGGAGGGGGUAGAGUUUUGGUCGCAGCGGCAACGUGCCGCUUGCCGCCCAGUCCCAUCAUUUCCGGAACCUUUUUCGCCCUUCCGAGCAAAAAAAAAAACAAAGUGAAAAGUAACCUGCUGGGUAACG